AUGCCUCCUAAUAAUAUUAAUGUUCAAGCUGUUCAUGAUGUUCUUCUUUUUUAUUUACAGAAUCGCAAUAACAAAUCUCUUUGGAGUUUCCUUUUGCGCUACCGAGAGCUUAUUGUUUCUUCAUUAACUACAAAUAUGAAUUGGAGGGAUCUUAACAAUGGCUGGAUUUCUUUCUUUUUGGAUGAAGCGAAAAUGAUUGAUCCAGAUAAUUUUGAUGAUUUGAGCAAAAAGCCUGGUAACCACUCCAGGUCCUCUAUUUCAGGCGUUCUAUCUUUGUUGGAAUGUCUUCGUUGCGACCAAGAUUUGAAAAAUUAUUGGAGUGAUGUAAAACAAGAAUAUGAAAUAAGGCAGGACAUUUCCAACUAUCAAACGGAAAAGGAAAGUUUACUUCAAGCUAUUUUGGAGAUUGAUAAUCAAAUACUAGCAAAAGAUAAUGAUCUUAUGAAAUUUUCCACGAAGUGGAGCGUGAUGAAGAAUUUUUCAUACGCUCAUUCCGAACCACCCAAAGAAGAUAAUUCAAAUUUUGAUGACGAGAGAUUUGACGGGGGAUAUAAUUCUAAUAUAACCAUUCCUAAACCUAGAAAAAGGACAGUGGCUAGACUGAACAAUGAACAUACUAUUGCUAACAGAAAAAGAAGAACAGUUGCUCUUGAUAAUGAACAAGAUGUUCCUGAACCUUCUCCUGCUCGACCUGAUAAUGAACAGGAUUUUAAU